UUGCGCAGACCACAUCUGGAAGAACAGCUCAAACUAAAACGCUACCCACACCGAUCGCCACACUACACCUUCGUUCGAAAACAGAAUUCCACCCGAUUUCGUCCUAAACACAAUGCUUUCCCGACAGAUCCUUCUCAGGGGCUUCAAGCCUUCCGCUGCGUUUGCCCGCAGGGGACUCGCUACCGUUGUCAACACCGCCCACCAGGCGACUGGCGCCAGCACCCCCAAGACCAUCAAGGAUCGUGCUACCUUCACCAUCAGGGGUGGACCCGUCUACCACGGCACCUCCUUCGGCGCCCGCCAGACCAUCUCGGGCGAAGCCGUCUUCACCACCUCGCUCGUCGGCUACCCCGAGUCGAUGACCGACCCGUCGUACCGCGGCCAGAUCCUCGUCUUCACCCAGCCGCUGAUCGGCAACUACGGCGUCCCGUCGGACGUCCGCGACGACGCCGGCCUCCUCAAGUACUUUGAGUCCCCGCACAUCCAGGCGGCCGGCAUCGUCGUCGCCGACCACGCCGAGAAGUACUCGCACUGGACCGCGAUCGAGUCUCUCGGCGACUGGUGCGCGCGCGAGGGGAUCCCCGCCAUCUCGGGCGUCGACACGCGCUCGAUCGUCACGUUCCUCCGCGAACAGGGCUCGUCGCUCGCCCGCAUCACCAUCGGCGAGGAGUACGACGCCGACCAGGACGAGGCCUUCGUCGACCCCGAGCAGAUCAACUUGGUGGCCAAGGUCAGCACCAAGCAGCCGUUCCACGUAUCGUCGCCCGGCGACCUUCACGUCGCCGUCAUCGACUGCGGCGUCAAGGAGAACAUCCUGCGUUCCCUCGUCGCCCGCGGCGCCUCCGUCACCGUCUUCCCCUGGGACUACCCGAUCCACAAGGUCGCCCACCACUUCGACGGCGUGUUCAUUUCCAACGGCCCCGGCGACCCGACUCACUGCUCUCCCACCGUGCACCACCUGCGCAAGCUCAUGGACACGUACUCCGGCCCGAUCAUGGGCAUCUGCCUCGGGCACCAACUUCUCGCGCUCGCGGCCGGCGCCAAGACCGUAAAGCUGAAGUACGGCAACCGCGCCCACAACAUCCCGGCGCUCGACCUGACCACGGGGCGCUGCCACAUCACGUCGCAGAACCACGGGUACGCGGUCGACAUGAAGACGGUCCCUGCCGACUUCCAGGAGUACUUUGUCAACCUCAACGACGGGAGCAACGAGGGCAUGAUCCACCGCACCCGCCCGAUCAUGAGCACGCAGUUUCAUCCCGAGGCGAAGGGCGGACCGCUCGACUCCGCGUUCCUCUUUGAUGCCUACAUGGACAACUGUGAGACGUACAAGAGGGAGCAGGCGGGGAUUAUUCCGGCGAGGGUUGGAAGACCGAAUCCUCUGCUCGUCGAUAUGCUCCCCAAGGAACGCGUCGGUGUCAAGCCGGAACAUAAGAUUGAGCCGUUUGCGGCCGCGGAGAAGGUCGUUGCUAGGGAGGCGGAGGUUGCGGCCGCGGCUUAGGACGGAACAUGAUGGGUUGGGUUAAGGUGUUAAUUUGGGUUGGGUUUUUUUCUUUCACUUUUCUUUCCUUUAUAUUGGAUCUGCUCGGCUUGCAGUGAUGGGAUGGCGGAUGUGCUGGUCCUGUUGAAAUUGAAAUACCAUGAUCUUUUUUUCCCUCAUGAGUGCGAAUGGAAUGUGAUGUGAUCUGCUUUGACGUGUUGUGAUGUGAAUUGAAUAGAGCUGCUGAGAGUGAGAGUUGCUGACAGUUGGAGACUUGCGGAGAGGGGGGGAAGGUCAGGGUUUGGGA